UAUUUAGCAUAUAUUUUUUUGCUGUGAUAUCAGAAUCCUUACUUUACUUUAACAACAAUUUGAUCCUUUAGAAAUCAUUUUUUCGUAAAAUUUUUCUUUUCUUUGGGAUCAUUAUCAUCCAAACAAACAAAACACAAAACAAAAAAUGACUGCAACACGUCGUCUUCAAAAGGAAUUACAAGAAUUGAAAGAAUGUAAAGGACCCGGUAUGCGUUGUUUUCGUGAUAUUAUGGUUGAUGAUCACAAUAUACUUUGUUGGUCUGGUCUGGUAGUUCCGGAUAAUGUACCAUAUAAUCGUGGUGCAUUUCGUAUCGAGAUAAAUUUUCCUGCUGAAUAUCCAUUUAAGCCACCAAAAAUAACGUUCAAAACAAAAAUCUAUCAUCCAAAUAUUGAUGAAAAAGGACAAAUCUGUUUACCAAUUAUACAGCCAGAAAAUUGGAAACCAGCUACACGUACCGAACAAGUGAUACAAGCAUUAAUUGCUUUAGUUAAUGAUCCUGAACCUGAACAUCCAUUACGUACCGAUUUGGCUGAAGAAUAUAUUAAAGAUAGAAAAAAAUUCUUUAAAAAUGCUGAAGAUUAUACGAAAAAAUUUGCUGAAAAAAGGCCAAGUGAUUAAAUAAUUGAUUGGAUUGAUUGAAU